GGUUCGGAGCACGGAGUGAACUGCUCGUGUGAGCAGUCAUUAUUUUCCUGGAUUUCGUGGUGUACGCGUCGCCCAUUGCGCCAGGAUACGUGGCCGCCGCCGCGCGAAGUGAUCGAUUCCCGACGGAGGCGCAGUCUCGACGCGAAUCCCUCGUUGCUCGGGCCCCGCACACACAUACGGUGUUUGUGUAAAUAUCCAUUGUUGGUUUAAAAGUGUAGUGGAUUAAUCAGUGGAAAACCAAAUGGUUGUGCUUGAGGAAGGCAGUAUGCUGACUACUGGACACAAUCAGUAUUUACAACCGGAUUAUCUUUCGCCGCUUUCAACUCCGUUGGACGCGAAAAAGAGUCCGCUGGCGCUAUUAGCGCAGACAUGCAGCCAAAUUGGAGCUGAUUCACCUACGAAACCGCUGAUCUCGCCUUUGGAAAAGAGCUCGAAGGGCAUGAGCAUCGCCACGAACGCGAAAUCGCCACCGGCCGCGAAAUUAGAACGCAACAUCCGCGGCAGUCCGACGGACGGCAAGUCGCUGGCAUUCAAGCCUUACGAGACCAAUGUCGUAACGAAGAAGAGCUCGGACGAGGGUAGACCCACAUCUAAAGCCAGUGUACAUAGUGUCAGUGGUCAGGAUAGUAUCAGUGUUAGUGAUAGCAUGCAUCUCGACAAAAAAUCGUCCGGCAAUCGUACGCCGGUGAGUCGAAAAUCCGCGUCGCCGAGCAGCCAAGCGACGGCAACGACAACCAGCGGCACGCCGUCGGGUGAUCGGAAGACUCCAGCGGACCGCGAGAAGACCGAUGGUUCACCAAGGAGCAGCAGCAGCAGCAACAACAACAACAACAAUAGCAGCAGCAAUAACAACAAUAAUGGCGCCAGUCCAAUCAUCAGAUCCGGAAUGGAGAUUCUCUCCGGCGCGCACACAAAGGACGCGAGUCUGGCUUACAAACCAGGGGGUCUUCCAGGAUUCUCCGGCAAUCCACUGUGCUGUCCGCCGGGCCUUGCCGAGAAUCCAGCCUUCAGGCCGCCGUUCGCGGGCGCGUCACCCUUCUCGCAUCACGCGGCGGCGCUGCUGUCCGUCGGCUAUCCGUCGGCGGGCCCGACCAGCGGCAAUCCGUACUUGAGUUACGCUCGCGUCAAGACACCCGCCGGCGGUGAGGCCUUAGUACCGGUCUGCAAGGAUCCCUUUUGCACUGGUUGCCAGUACAGUAUGCACAGCGCCCAGAUCAUGAUGGGCGCGGGCAGCUGUCCGAGUGGUUGCACACAGUGCGACCAUCAGAAGUAUGGACUAGCAAUGGCGUUGUCGUCCUUGGGUCCGAUGCCGCCACCGUCGUUGUCCUAUCCGUCCACGCUGGCCGGCGGCCGGCCCUACGUCUGCAACUGGAUCGCCGGCGAAUCGUACUGCGGCAAACGAUUCGCCACGUCGGACGAGUUGCUCCAACAUCUACGUAGCCACACGAGCAUGACCGGCGAUCCCACGGCGGCCUCCGCAGCGGCGCUUCUCGGCAAUCCGCAUCCGCAUCCGCUGCUAUCGCCAUCGACCACCCUUCAUCGCGCCAGCGGCGGUUCUUAUCCGGCGCCGUCGUUGAGCCCACUUGGCGCUCGAUAUCAUCCAUAUGGCAAGCCGCCGACGGGUCCUCUACCAGCCUCGCUCGCGGCCUCGCCGUACAGCGCUUUCAACGCCUUAGGACCGUAUUACUCGCCGUACGCGGUUUACGGCCAGCGAAUCGGCGCUGCCGUACAUCCCUAAAAUGGAUAUAUCGCGGGAGGGGGGAAGGGAAAGGGUGGCACGACGGUAGGACCUCUUCUCGUCCUCCCUCUUUCUCUGUCUCUUUCCCCUUUUCUCAAUGUACAAUUGGAGAAUGUGCAAAUUGAAGAUACGGCGGACGAAGCAUGUCCGCUAUCUGAGACUGUUGUGUAAAUAGCCACUGUGUACAAUACAGAUUUAUUUAAAAGAAUUCUAUAUAUGUAUAUAUAAAUAUAAAUAUAUGUGUACAUUGAAGAUUAUGAUUAAAGUUUAUGAAACAAACAACUCGACAGUGUUAACGUUGCAUCGCGAGACCAUUCUCUUGCGGAACUCUUCUAUGUAGAAGACUCCAGUAAAACGCAUCUCUAUUAAAAUCCGGUUACCAUGUAGGAGGAAGGAUUACAUGCCAGCUGUAAGUUAAUAUUGUCGCAACUGUCGGUCGAGCAAAAACUUUGCUCCUACUACGCAGGAUUCAAGGACUACUGCUAACGAGCAACUGCCGACUGCGCUUUCGAAUCGCGUGUUGUUUGAGUUUUUUGGCGAUUCCAACGACGUCACGUUAUGUCAUCCUCGCGUUUUAUUCUAGCAACGUUAUUCAGCGACAUACGGACGCACGUCCGUGAAGAUUACAAUAUGCGUACUACUGUAUGUUUCCCGACGCUCCGCAAACGCGAGCAUUUCGUGCUAAAUGCGUUCGAUAGCGCGCAGCACCAUACGGACGGUCGCGCGUGUAAUUCUAUGUCCACGAUAUAACUGUGAUAUUACGCUACUUCUUUGAGAAAGUGAACGAAUGCACAGAAAAAACGGGUUUGCUAGAGUAUCUAAAAAUUUAGCUAGAUACAGAUCAAGAAAUAAUUUUGUUGGACUAUCAAAAUAAUUAUGUAGAACGCCGAGCACGACGAGCAAUGCUGUAAAAAGUUUUGACAUUCUAGCAACCAGCUUGAGCAUUCUACCUGAUUAUUUUAAUGGUCUGACUAAAUUAUUUUUUUUAUGUCUGUACCUAGUAAAAUUUGGAAAUACUUUAGCAAAAUCAUUCUUUCCAUGUGAAAAAAAAAUAUAUUAUUAACAAACGUGUCUAAGAUAUCUCCGAGAUAAAAUACAACGUUGUAAUUUAUUAUCGUUAGUUGUGUAAGGAAAAAAACGAAUGCUGUUGCAGGAAAAAAAACAAAAAAUAAAGAGAUUGUUCUGUUUUCUUUUCUUUUCGAAAAUUCGAUAAUCGCACUGGGAUGAUUUUUGAUCAGGGUAUAUAUCCGGGAGCGUAUCGGAUCGUAUCGUCUAACAUCGCAUCGUCUCACGUUGUCGAAUCGAAUAUUCUAGUAAAAGAAGUGCAACAUAUGAUGUACGAUACGCCUUAUCCGCACUGUAAAUAUCUCUUGUAAAUAUCGUUGAGUUUCCAUACCGCUUUAAUAAAAACAAUGUUUGUAGAAUUA